AUGGAUUUCUUUCAUCUCCCCGUCGAGAUCAGGCUUCAGAUCUACUCAGAACUGCUCGUUCACCGCGGGACAAUAACUUUCCAUGAUGCAUCCAACCGUGUCAAAGGGGACCGGGUGUGCACAGACGAAAGAAUCCACCUCGACCCUACCGUCCUCCGUGCCAACAAGCGCAUACACAGUGAAGCCAUCUCGCUUCUCUAUUCCGACAAUCACUAUCGGUUUGUGAACUGUCUCGUCACGUUUGUUGAGCAGGUUGGGAAUCAAGCUCAUCUGCUUCGUCACGUCGUCGUUGACUUCCCCAAUUAUAUGCGAAUAAGCCACAGACAGCCAGACCACUCCUGGCGUUAUGAAGAGAUACUGCACCUCGAUGAGAUAUACUUCCUACAACGUGCAUGCCCCGGCAUCACCACACUCGGGCUAUCGCUGGACUUUGGGCUCAGCAAUUUGUUCUCCCCUGAUACGCGCCUCGUCACGCAGGGUCUGGAUCUCAUCCACACACAGCUUAAGGAGUUGUCGUCCCUGAGCAAAGUCACAGUCCACCUACACCUGAUCGGCUGCGACUCAGAUGACGACACCGAGGACGAGGCAGAGUAUUCAGGGGACGACGACCCGAGAGUCGAAUCGAACGACCCUACCAAAGAUCGCUGGCAGACGCACAGGGACUCCAUCGUAGGACAACUGAGCAGCCGUGGAUGGGUGGUUGACAUCACAAAGAGCGAGCCGCCCAAGCAGAUCUGGUCCACCCCGGAUGACAUGCUCGAGUUUGACAAUGAAGACGAGUACAAUGAAUACAUGAUUGAAUGGAACCGGCGCGAACAGGAGCGGGAAGACGCAGAGUUGAGAGACUAUUACCGCGAACUCCAGUUGGAGUCGUAUCGGAAAGGUUAUGCAGACGACGGAGGGCCUGCAUAA